AUGGGAGAUGUGCAGUUGAUGACGAGUUCUCCCAUGUCCAGGAGCAGGCUGACCCUGGGAAAGGUUCCACUCAGUAAUGAAGCCCCAGCGUUCACCCUCCCGCCAAGGAAUGCUCGUGUAUGUCUGGGUGGCACAGCUCGACUUGAAGGCAAGGUGCGUGGUUCUCCAGAACCUCAGGUGUGUUGGUUCAGGAAUGGAAAACCAGUGAUAGCAGGAGGUCGAUACUCUAUGGAACAAAGUGCGCGUGGAACCUUCAGUCUGGCGGUAGAAGAAGUCCAGGCAGACGAUGCGGGCCGAUACACCUGCGAAGCUGUAAAUGAUGCAGGAUCUCGACAGAUCAGUGUGGACAUGAUUGUGGAAGACAGUGUGGUCAAGAAAUACAGCCUCCCUUCUGCCAGUAAAGCUGGGGGCCGCUUAGGACUUUCUGCGGUGGAGAACAGACCCAGUAUUUGGGGUGAAAGCCCUCCAAAGUUUGUAACCAAACCCUCCCGCCUCUACCUAAAAGUGGGGCAGACAGGAAAGUUCUCAGCCAAGAUCACAGGACGUCCCCAGCCUCAUGUUCAGUGGUUUAAGGGUGAGCAGGAGCUUCAGAGUUCAGAUCACCUUAGCAUGUUUGAGAGGUCGGGGCUGCACUUCCUGGAGAUCCGCUUUGUGCAGACAGAGGAUGCUGGUGUAUACACUUGCCUACUUAACAACAGCGCGGGCAAGGCCUCGGCCACUGCAGAAGUUAUUGUGCAAGGUUCUGAUGCAGAUAAAGUCCCUAAAACAUCAGCUGUCUUCUCUAAAGUUGAUCCUACCAGUAACGGCCUAAUUCAUGUCCAAAAACCAAUCAACAUCUUCACACGUACUGCAACCACAGAGACACAAAUAAUGGUGAACUCCUCCAGAGCAAACAAAGACACAACCGUUGUAGCCAAAGACAAGCUGGCACCAAUGCCAGAGGUCCAUAAACUGACUAUAACAUCAGCCCUGCAGCCUUCCCCUAAACAAAACGAUGAAAGAUCAGCAGCAGGUCCACUGAGGUCUACCAACACUAUGACAUUUGGGAGUCUACAGACCAAGAAGAGCAGUAAAACAAUAGAACAGGAGCAGAAGACAAUGCCUGGACUUGUUAGACCCUCAGGAAGCAAGCCUGUUUGUGUAGUGGUAGAGUCCAGUAGAGAGAUCCACAGACUUGCUCGAGAGAAUCCACCCAAGACUGUGGAAACUCCACCCAACUUUGAUUUACAGCCUCAAACCCAGGAGGUUAUAGAGGGAACCAAAAUCAUGUUCACAUGUCAAGUAUCUGGUCAGCCUGCUCCCACUGUGAGCUGGGUUAAGGAUGGAGCUGUGCUCAGACAGAGAUUAGGUAUCAGCAUCCAGCAGAAAGACAGUCUGCAUCUGUUGUCUGUGGAGACCGUGCACAAAACGGAUGCUGGUCAGUAUGGCUGCACUGCUGCCAACAAUGUUGGGAAAGCUACCUGCAGCUGGACUCUUACAGUAAACAGCCCGCGUUUGGAAGGAAAAGCUCCAGUGUUUAUCAGUGCUUUAAAGGACUGUACUGUAACAGAGGGACAGAACAUCCAUCUGCAGUGCUCGGUGGAGGCUCAACCUCAGCCCACUGUUUCCUGGCUGCUCAAUGAUGAAGCUUUGCUGUAUGGGCAGUCUGUGUUUGAGGGAGGUCGGGCACAGCUGACGGUUCAGGAUGCUGUGUGUGCAGAUGAAGGUUUAUACUCCUGUGUGGCUGAAAACGAGCAUGGACGAGCAGUGUGUACUGCCAGAGUGCUGGUUAAAGCUAAGAUGAGUAUUAAGAGGCCAGUUGCUGUGCCAGUCUCUGAACAGAAAAGGUCCACUGUGCCAGUGUUCCUGAACGAACUGCAUGAUCUGAGAGUAAUGGAUGGCAGCCAGAUUACUAUGACAGUGGAGGUGACAGGACAUCCCACACCAGAGGUGCUCUGGCUGCACAAUGGAAAAGAGAUUCAAGAGUCUGAGGACUUUCACUUUGAGACUAAAGGCAAUCAGCAUAGUCUCUACAUACAGGAAGUGUUCCCUGAAGAUACUGGCACAUAUACUUGUGUGGCUUGGAAUAAGGUGGGAGAGGCUCGUACGAAAGCUUCACUUACUGUUCAAGAGCCUCAGGAUGGUGUACAGCCAUGGUUUAUCACCAAGCUCAAGUCAACCACAGUGUGUAUGGGCCAGCACGCCCUGCUCUCAUGUGCCAUAGCGGGUGACCCCUUCCCUGAAUUCCUCUGGAAGAAAAAUGGGCAGGUGGUGUCAUCGGGACGUGAUAUUGAGGUCUUUAAGAAAGAGGACGUGGUUUCUCUUCUUAUCAGGAGAGUAAAAGCACAUCAUGCUGGAAACUAUGAAAUCCACCUCAAAAACAAAAUCGGGGAAUGCAGUGCAGUGGCCACUUUAACAGUUAAUGAAGAAGAAUGUCAUAAAGCAGAGCCUGAUAAGCGAUCAGGAGGGGUGGAGUGGACAGAACGAGGCAGGGGAGAACAGAAAGAAUCUCCAAGCUUUACAACUGUCCAGUUGGAGCCUGAUCCAGUUCGGGAACGUUCAGAUCUGGAGAAGCCUUUCGCCUCCCGGGGUCUUUUAAAGCAUAGAGUGGAGACCAAGGAACAUCGGGAAGACCAGAUCAGACAGAAGGAGGCCGAGCAGGUUGACUUUCGAACGGUACUGGGCAGGAGGGUUUCCACCAAGAGCGUUUCCGAGGAGGAUCUGAAGGAGGUCACGGCUGACCAGAUGGACUUCAGGGGUAAUCUUCAACGCCAGAUUAAGCCCAAGGCCCAGAAUGAAGAUGAGAGAAAAAUUCACUACCCCCAGCAGGUGGAUUUUAGGCCGGUGUUGGGCAAGAAAGGAACUGUGGCUCCCAAAACUGUAGCAAAGCCAGAACCCAACAAAAAUGAGCCCACUGACUUUAGAUCAGUGUUAAACAAAAAGAAGAAUCCAGUGAGUGUGGAGAACAGUAAAGAUGGCUGCACAGGAAAGGAGAACGAUCCGAACUGCGUACAUGAAGGAAAUAAGGAGAUAAACAAUGCAGGCGAAGAUGAUAAGUUGGUUUUCACACAAAAAUUGAGAGAUGUGACAGUACUGGAUGGGGAAUGCUUGCAUUUGCAGUGCCAGCUGUCAUUUGAAUCUCCUGCAACUGUUACAUGGACUCUAGAUGGGAAAUUGAUCAAGCCCUCCAAAUUUAUCAUCAUUGCCAAGGAUGGUGCUGUGUGCUCCCUGACCAUUGAUAAAGCCUUGCCUGAAGAUGAGGGCCAGUAUGUGUGCAGAGCUGAAAGCAUUGCAGUAACAGCUGAGUGCUCCUGUAUGGUGCUUGUUGACGAUCCCAGUGCCUCAAGCUUAUCACCAGCUGACAAGAAAAGCAAAAAGCCUUCGACCCCUACCACAGAGAAUGAAGCCAGAAUAAAGAAGCCACCACCCAAAAUACCUCAAAAACAAGGUAUACCCCCUCAGAUUCUACAGUUUCCUGACGAUAUGAAGAUCCUUGCAGGUGAGCAGGUUAGUCUUCUGUGCAAGUUCACCGGAGCAUUACCCAUCAGCUGCACCUGGCUUAAGUUCCGCAAACCAAUUCAAGAUAGACAGGGUGACAUCACCAUUAAGAGCACAGACUCCAGCAGUGAACUGACCAUAGCACACGGUCAGCAGGAGCACUGUGGCUGCUACACAGUCGAGCUCAAGAACAGUUAUGGCAUGAAACAAGCUGCUCUUAACCUCACCAUUGUGGACAAACCCGACCCUCCUGCACGUAUCCCAGCUGUCUCAGAUAUUCGUAAAUCCAGCCUUAUCCUCUCCUGGUACGGGCCCACAUAUGAUGGCGGAAGUGCAGUGCAGUCUUACCAACUGGAAAUCUGGAAUUCGAAGGAUGAGCAAUGGAAGGAUCUAGUAUCCUGUAACAGCACCUCUUACAACGUUCAGAACCUGUUGCCUGAUAGGCUGUACAAGUUUCGAGUAAGAGCAGUAAAUAUGUACGGUGUCGGGGGGCCCAGUGCAGAGUCUGUUCCUGUUCAGGUCGGGGUGGAGUUGGAAGAAGAAGAUGAAAACCAAGAUGACGAUGUUGAACCUGCAUUUAAUGAGGAGUCGGAGUACAAAACCUUGACUGUCAGAACAGAUGUAAAGGUUAAAGACCUUUAUGAAAUAGGUGACAGGCUGGGAUCGGGGAAAUUUGGAACUGUAUUUAAACUCACUGAGAAGUCAACCAAGAAGGUCUGGGCUGGGAAAUUUAUAAAAGCAUUAUCGGCAAAGGAUAAAGACAACGUCAGGCAGGAAAUCGCUAUCAUGAAUGACCUGCAUCACCCAAAGCUUGUGCAAUGUGUCGAUGCCUUUGAGUUCAAGUCUGACUUUGUAAUGGUGCUGGAAAUGGUCUCUGGAGGCGAGCUGUUUGAAAGGAUCAUUGAUGAGGAUUUCGAGCUGACUGAGAGGGAGGUGAUCAAAUACAUGCUGCAGAUUGUAGAUGGCGUCGGUUUUAUCCACAGAAAAGGCAUCGUUCACCUGGAUCUUAAACCAGAGAACAUAAUGUGUGUUAACAAAACGGGAAGCAACAUCAAACUGAUUGACUUUGGACUUGCUCGUAGACUAGAAAACGCAGGAGGACUAAAGGUCAUGUUUGGUACUCCAGAGUUUGUAGCUCCAGAGGUGAUUAACUUUGAAGUAAUCAGCUACCCUACAGACAUGUGGAGUAUAGGUGUCAUCUGUUACAUACUUGUGAGUGGUUUGUCACCAUUCAUGGGGGAUAAUGACAAUGAGACAUUGUCCAACGUUACAUCAGCGACCUGGGACUUUGAGGACGAGGCGUUUGAUGAAAUUUCAGAUGAGGCUAAAGACUUUAUUAGCAAUCUUCUCAAAAAAGACAAGAAGGCUCGUCUAACCUGUGAGCAGUGCUUCCAGCACCCAUGGCUAAAACAGGACACAAAUAACAUGGAGGCAAAGAAGCUUUCCAAGGAAAGAAUGAAGAAAUACAUUCUGAGAAGAAAGUGGCAGAAAACAGGUCAUGCAGUGCGUGCCAUUGGCAGACUUUCCUCAAUGGCCAUGAUGGCUGGUGUCCACGCCAAGAAAAGUUCCUUAACUGAAGAGAAAAAUGACAACCUGUUGGCUGAGGAAACUGAGCAAAGGACACCAACAAAACCUUCAUUCAGUUUAGUAAUUAAAGACGUAGAGGUGGUGGAGGGCAGUGCUGCACGCUUCAACUGCAAGAUUGAGGGUUACCCUGAUCCUGAGGUGGUGUGGUAUAAGGACAACCAGCCCAUUAAGGAGACACGACAUUUCCAGAUCGAUUACGAUGAGAAUGGGAACUGCAGCUUGGUCAUUUCUGAAGUUAGCGGGGAUGAUGACGCCAAAUAUACCUGCAAAGCAGUUAACAGUCUCGGAGAGGCCAUCUGUUCAGCCGAGCUCAUCGUAGAGGUGAUGGGUGGAAAUGAGGAGGAGGAGGAGGAGGAGGAGGAGUAAUGAGUGGUACAAGAUGAACUGGACAUUGUUUUGUUUUCCACUUUUUGCUUUUUCUCACUUCUUCUUAUUACUUACACUGAUAAUGAAUGCACAAUGAGGAUACGCUUGCACCACUUUUUAUUUUGUUUCCUUGCACUUUCUAUUAUUUCUAUUCUAUUUUAUACAGCAGUCGACACCAGAUACAGUAUCAGCUGUUAAAAGAUUUUAAAGAGUACUUUUAUCUUAAUGACUUUACAGAAAUUCCAGAUGUGUGAUAGAGUAAACUCAGUAUUUAAUUUUAUGUUUUGCUGUGCUUUUAACAUUUUUACUGUUUUAUGUAAAAUAUGUAUGUAUAUUAUAAUUCAGUAUUUUUAUAAUACAUCAGCUGCAUGAAGAUUACAUUGUAAUAAAACACUACGACUGCAGGAGCUCACGAUUAUAAAAUAAAUGGUUACAAAUAACUUUUUGGAGCACUAAAGUGUUCAGAACAAUCUGGCAACUGACAAAAUAAUGAAAUUAUCGAAAAAUAAUGAAUUAUGAAUCACAAGAUGAGCGCCACUAGAGGUCGAUGUUGCUUUAUGUUCUCUUUUAAAAAGGGCCCACCCACUAGCAAACAAAACAGGGCUGCACCAUGAUCAAAUUUCCUCUUUCCUUUCUCAAGGAUUUU